AUGGGAAUAUUUGCACGAAUUCGUGGCUUCUUCGCUUCCUGUAUUCGUCCGUCAACAUCAAGCAGUUUAAAUAAUGAAGAAUAUAGCAGAUUACCGGGACCAAGCGUUGAUUCUUUACCAAGCAACUCUUCCAAACAGGCACCAUCAACAUCAACGGCUGGUUUAAACUAUGAUCAAGUCUCAAAUGAUUACACUUCAAACAGGGUGAGAAAACCUGUUUAUAAUAAAGCAAGCAUUUCACAGCAUGAAAGCAGUACAGCCACUACAGCAAGCCAACCUAACAUAAAACCACCUUAUUUCUUACAAACUUUCAUAUCUAGUCUCAAUUCAUCACAGAAAGGAAAACCGUGUUUUACACCAGUGAGUGAUGUUGUAUAUUUUAAUGAGUGGACUGCAUGCACAGCUAUAAUCUUGGAUGAAUCCUCUCACCGAUUAAGUCCCCAACACACAUUGGAACUAUCCAGUGAUUCUCAUGUUGAAUUCCGUGAUUGCAAGCUACAAGAUGGCUGCCUUCAGUUCAGUAUGAAAGCUUGUAAUGCAGAAACUAUUACAAUAUUUUUUCAUAUCCAAAAAUAUGCAGAUAGCUUCACACUUAGCAAGAAAAUCUGUGUUAGAUACGACCCUUGUUCAACUGUCCAAGCCGAAAUGACAAUCAAAAGAAUUAACGAAUCAUCAUCUGGAUCAAAUGAAUGUGUAUUUCAAGUGUCUAUUAUUGAUGUUUGGGGAGUUAUAGUCUCACAUGAAUCUUGUAAACUUGAAAUCCUUUCAUCAGGUGAAAAUGAGGUGAUUCAGAAGAAGCGAAUGCAUUCGGAAGCAGGACAUAUUGAUUUUGAAAUAACAUUGAGGGGAAAAGAACCUUGGUCGAAAGAUUUUGUUUUAAUUUUCAAUGGACAACCUAUCCCUAAUGCAGAGAAAAUUGAAGUAUUUGACAAGUUGAGAGGACUAUGUUGUAGAGCUUUGGAAGGCAAUGAGUAUGAAUCUAUUCCUGAUUUCAUAGAAUUUUAUGGCUCUCAUAUAUUUAUCCCUUUAUCAAUUGGAUAUGAUGAUGGAAAAUUUCUUCCUUACAAUGAAGAUAAUUGUGAGUUACUGCCAGGAACUUGCCAAAUUUUGUGUAGAAAUGCAAAAAGAGAUGAGAUACUGGGUUCUGGCUUUGCCCAUGUUAAUAAAAUUGCACAAGAUCUGCAACUUAGAGAGCCCCCAGACAUCCAUGAAAUUCAAGCUGAAAAUAUUGUUGUCAUAGACCUAUGCAAUGUCCACCCAAAUCGUUACAAUAUGUGUAAAGAAGUUGUUCAACAUCUUCUUCGUGGUUUAUAUUAUCGAAAGAAAGCUUCAGAAGCGGCUGCAGUUCGUAUGGAAUGGAAGAACAGAGUUGCCACCCUUAGUAAACUCUUAGGUGCUAGUCCAAGCAUGAGAGUUUGCAGGAAUUUUAGAGAUCACUUUGGCAAUCUAAUGAAUCGUUACAAUCGUGAAGCUUGUGAUGAACUGUUUACAUUUUUUAAUUUCCACCGAGAUGUAAGUGAGGUAGACCUUCAUGGUUUAUAUGUUGCAGAUGAGAAGAAGUUGGAGAUGCUGAGAUUGGAUUUAUUACGAGGAUUGGGAAAUGAUAAAGAGAUUAAGAAAAUAGUUCAACAGAGCAAGUUGGAGAGUUUUAAUGGUCAAGGUAAACAAGCAUUGACCAAUGAGUUGCUCAGUGGAACAUGUUCUGCUUAUAAAGUCAAAGAUUUCAUAAAAUGUUGUCGAGAUAGCGGCAUGAGUCAGAAAAAAUUGAAAGUCCUGGAAAAAGACUUGGUAAAACGAAGUGAACGUAGGAAAGAAGUGGAUGAAAUCAUUAAAACAUGCAGAGCUGAAGGUGAUGAAGCAAUUCGGAAAUUGAAAGUAAAAUUGGAGAAUUUUGAUCUUCCAAAAGCAAUCAAGAAUAGCACACCCUGGCUUGAGAUCAUAGUUGGAGCUGGUCGUCACAGUAGAAUAAAGAAUGAACAAAAUAUCCGACCAAAAGUGGAGAAACUUCUCAAAGAAAGAAAUCUUCAGUUUACUGCUGUGAACAAAGGAUCACUUGUAGUCACGUUUCAAACCUACAGUGGUCCUGAGCCUUGUUUUGGAGAAUAUUAUUGUAAGAAAUGCGACCGAUCUUGGAAAAGCAGUAAAAGUUAUGUUGGAAAGUAUCAGAAAUGUGCCCACUGCGAGGUGAAUUGUUGGCCAGUCAAACAACGAGAAAAAGAGAAAGUUGUAAAUUAUCAUCAUGAUGUUGCUGUGGCACGUCAACGUAAACCUCACCAAUCAAGUCGUUACCAGAAACGUCAGAAAUUAGACCGUCCUUGCAAUGCUGGUGAAGAGGAAUGUGUUAUUAUAUAG